AUGGUUCGUGUUACCGUUGAAUUCUUGGGUGGUUUGGAUGUGAUUGUAAAGAAACAGAGACAGUACAAGGUUGAUGUGAAAGUAGAUGGGAAAGACGAAGUUGAUGUUGGAGACCUGAUCCAGUGGAUCGUGGAUAACCUUAUCGAGCACGAGCGCGAUGUGAACGUUUUUCUUGAGAACGACAGCAUCAGACCUGGGAUCUUGACUUUGAUCAACGAUACCGAUUGGGAGCUUGAAGGUGAAAAAGAGUACGUUUUGGAGGAUGGUGAUGUAGUAUCUUUCACAUCGACGCUACACGGUGGAUAG